AUGGGUGCAGAUGCAGAGGAGAAUCAACAAGGAGCAGAACCCGAAUUAGCGAUAUCUCGUACCGUUCCAAACCCAAACCCUAAUUCGAUUACUGAAGCUCAAUUCGCAGCCUGGAAACACCGAAAGGUUACAUGGAUUCUGAUGAGAUACGAAGAUGGGAUUGUUCAUGUUGCUAACACAUCUGCCAGAAAAGCUGAAGCUGAAAGGAAACGUGCUGAGGACAUAGCUUCAGGACUGGUUCAAAUGAACGGUCGUGAGCUUUUUGCGCAUGAGCCUUGGGUUUUUGAUAACACACGUUAUUAA